UUUAUGAAUCAAAUUUUAUCAACUUUUUUUUUUAUGCAAUCAAGCCUAACCGCUUAAGAGACACACUGUAUCUUCCACACACAGUUAGUAAUACACAGCUUAAUGUUGAUUGGAGGUUUAGAACUGUGGGGGCAGUGAUGCGCCACGCAGCGUCAGGCCGCCGGAAACAGGAAGAAGAAGCUGCAGGAAGAAGAAGAAGAAGAAGAAGAAGAAGAAGAAGAAGAAGAAAUAACAACAACAAUAACGUCGACAUGGCUGCCGACAGUGAUCCCGAGUCCGAGGUGUUCGAGAUCACCGACUUCACCACCGCGUCAGAGUGGGAACGGUUCGUGUCCAGAGUGGAGGAAGUGCUAAAUGACUGGAAGCUGAUUGGGAACUGUGCAGGAAACUCGACCCCAGAGAAGGGUGAAUACACCAGUGGCACCUGGGGGGAGAAAUCUCAGGAUAUUCAAUUUGCUGACUUUAAAUUCUACAUAACUCAUCACUUCCUGAAACAAGAAUGUGAGCAGGACAAUGGGAAGGAGCAGCUGGAGGAAGAUGCCUUCCCCCUGGCAAUGCAGGACCUUCUGUGUAUGAACAAUGACUUUCCUCCUCGAGCCCACUGCCUGGUCAGAUGGUAUGGUAUACGAGAGUUUUUGGUCAUCUCCCCUGGAACCAACUGCGAGGCGAUCAUCAGCGAGUCCAAAUGCAAUCUGCUUCUCAGCUCCAUCUCCAUUUCUCUGGCCAACAGUGGCAGCCAGGUGCCCAUGUUUGUGCAGAUCCAGCAGAAGUGGAGGCGGGUGUAUGCCGGAGAGUGCCAGGGUCCAGGUGUGCGCACUGACUUUGAGAUGGUCCACCUCCGCAAGGUGCCAAGCCAGUACAACCACCUGUCUGGCCUUCUAGACAUCUUCAAGUCAAAGAUUGGUUGUACCCUGUCCCCUCUGCCUCCAAUCAACAUCGCCAUCCGGUUCACCUACAUUCUCCAGGACUGGCAGCAAUAUUCGUGGCCACAGCAGCCUCCUGACUUUGACACACUGCUUGGAGGUGAAGUGGGAGGGGUGGAGUUUGGGAAGCUUCCAUUUGGAGCCUGCGAGGAGCCAAUCAGUGAGCUUCAUCUUGCAACCACUUGGCCUCACCUGACGGAAGGCAUAGUUGUGGAUAAUGAUGUGUACAGUGACCUUGACCCACUCCAAGCCCCUCACUGGUCAGUUCGAGUCAGGUCAGCUGAAAACCCUCAGUGUCUACUAGGGGACUUGCUGGCAGAGUUCUUUAAGCUCUGCUGUAGGAAGGAGUCCACAGACGAGAUUCUGGGAAGAGGAUUGGCUGAAGAGGAGGGCAAAGAAAAUAAUGACAUCAGCUCUGCUUUAUCGAAGCUGACGGAGCCAACCGCGACGGUGCCCAUCUCCAAACUGUCUGUCUCCAAUAUGGUGCACAGCGCCCGCAAGCACAUCCGCCGCCGCAGGCGCAUUGAUGAGUCACCACUCAACACUGAUAUACUCAAUUCUAUCCUUCUGUAUCUCUUCCCAGAUGCUGCUGUGGAUAAGUCAUCAGAUAAUAGCAAGAAUAAAACUGUUCAGCCAGACGCCUGUGGGAAAGAUGAGCAAAAUAAAAACCCCGACCAUAACCUUUUCCUCCAGCUGAAGUCAGCACCCAGCGACAGUCUCACCUACCGGCUGGCUCUGUGUGCGUGUCUGGUCAACUACAACCAUGGCGGGCUGCGUGCUGUUGCCCACCUCUGGCAGGAGUUUGUCCUAGAGCUGCGCUACCGCUGGGAAAACAACUACUUCAUCUACGGACUGGCUGGUGGACCUCCUGAUCUUCGCUGUUGUCUUUUGCAUCAGAAGCUCCAGAUGCUGAACUGCUGCAUCGAGAGGAAAAGGGCGAGAGAUGAAGCUCGGAAGGUGCUGGAUGGGAGCAAAGAGAGAGAGCGCAGGGUGUCCGGCAGUAGCCAGAACAGCCGCCAGAACAGCCGCCCCAAACCAGAGUCCACAUCCGGCCCGGCGAGGGAGGUGUCCCCGGGGAAAUCCUGGGACUCAUGGAGCGACAGUGAGGAGGAGUUCUUUGAGUGCCUGAGUGACCAGGGUGAGAUAGAGGCAGAGAAGGAUGGCAGUAAAAGUAAAGCAGAGGGAAGGCUUCAUCCCUACAACAACAUUACUCUGCUCAACGCUACAGAGCCUCUCUACGUCCCUGUCACACAGGAACCUGCUCCCAUGACAGAGGAUCUGUUAGAGGAGCAGUCAGAAGUUCUGGCCAAACUGGGCACGUCAGCUGAAGGAACCCACCUCCGUGCCCGGAUGCAGAGUGCCUGUCUGCUCUCUGACAUGGAGUCCUUUAAGGCAGCCAAUCCAGGCUGUAUUCUGGAUGAUUUUGUGCGUUGGUACUCCCCUCGGGAUUACGUGGAGGAGGAGGUGGUCGAUGAGAUGGGUAACAAAGGGGUGAAAGGUGAGCUCAGUGCCAGGAUGAAGAUCCCGGGCAACAUGUGGGUGGAGGCUUGGGAGACGGCCAGGGUUACACCUGCACGCCGCCAGAGAAGACUGUUUGACGACACCAAGGAGGCCGAGAAGGUUCUACACUAUUUAGCAGUGCAGAAACCUGCAGACUUGACCCGCCAUCUGCUGCCCUGCAUCCUCCAUGCUGCUAUCCUCAAGUUGAAGGAGGAAGAGUCAGUAGAAGACAUUCCAUCAGUCAAAAGGACCAUACAGCAAGCUACGGGUCAAGCCAGCAAGCUGCUGCACCCCCUCAACCAUGACUACAAGAAGUUAGAGGAUUUCAUCAACCAGUUGAUGGCCAUGGAGACGGCCAUCACCAGAGCUCGCUCCCUCAAGGCCAAGUUUGCCAGUUGUGAGGGCAGGAAGGAAGAGGAUGCAGAAGAGCUUGAGAAGUUUGUGAGCUCCCUGCUGGAGGAACCAGAGGUGGUGGUGAUUGGAGCUGGCCAGGGGCCGGCAGGCAGCAUCAUCCACAGGCUGUUUGUCAACGCUCAGAGGGCCGCCCUACUGGCACCACUGGACGAAGACUUUGGCCGUGACAGGAAGCUGACCGGAGGAAGCAAUAAAGUGCCUGACUUCCCUUCUCCAGCGGGUCGGGAGAUCUUGCUGCGUACAUGUGUCCCUCGGCCAGCACCGUACUCCAAAGCUCUGCCUCAGCGCCUAUUCUGUGUGCUAAUGAGGGAGGAGUUCAGGCUGGCAGGGGCCUUUUCAUCAGACACGUCCUUCUUCUAGGACCAGGCGGCCAGUACACAGUAAUUCAUGUGAAACCAUGUUCACCUUGAAGCCACACUGCUGGAAGAGCAGACACCCGGGUGGCACUUUAAAAUUAUUUGGUUUGUUUGUGGGUAUAAAUGCUUGUCCAGUGAAUGUGUCUAUUCAGGCAUGACAUGUGUUGUCUAUAUAACUCUAGCCCACACACUAAUGAGUAUUGCCAUCUGAAAUGAGAGAGAGAUCCCUUUAUAUUCCUUUAUGUUAUUUAUUUGGUCCUCAUUGCAUUGUUGUUACU